AUGGUGCCGCGGGAGCCGCGCUGUGCCGGGAGCCGGGAACGGCGGCACGAACGGGAACGGCGGGCACGGGGGUGGCUCCGGCACGGGGCGGGGGGACCGCGGGGAGGAGCGAGGGCGGGCACUGGGAGCCGGGACCGGGAAGUGGCGCCACGCCUUCGCCCCGUGCGCCUCCGUUUCCGCGUCGCGCGGUGCACGCCGGGAAUUGUAGUCCCGCGCGCCAUCUCUAGCGGGCGGAGCCUGGAACGGACUCCUGAGGGGCUGAGCGGGCUGGGACGGGCUCCUGAGGGGGUGUCAGUUGCCGGGACGCCCCCGUGCCACCAGCCCUUCUCUCCCGCAGGCCAUGAGCGGCGCCGCGGGCUGGGAGCGGCCGGAGGAAUGGCCACAGGAGCGGCCGGAGGAGCGGCAGCGCGUGGUGCCCCCGGCAAGUCCCGUCCCGAGCGUAUUGCAGCUCUGGGGCAGGGAGGCGUCCUGCAGGAGCUGGUGCUCGCAGACGGGCAGCCCCCAGCGCCUGGGAUCAGCGAGGAGCAGCGCCAGGCCCAGGAGGAGUGGGAGGCUCUGGAAGAGAUCCAGUCAGGGUUGGGGGGCACCUCGGGCGCGGCCCCCCCUCCGAUUUCCUUCUCGGAGGCGCUGCAGCACUUCCAGAGCGCGGAGCUGCCCUGCAGCCGGGGCUCGGCCCGGGCCCCGGCGCGCCGCGGCGUCCUGGCCGCCCUGCUGCGCUGCCUGCGCGGGCCGCCCCGGCUGCGCCCGCAGCUCCGCGGCGAGCAGGAGCUGGCGCUGGCCAUGGCACAGUGUGCCCUGGAUGACUCGGAGCGGGUGCACAUGCGGAUCCUGCAGACCAUCUACCGGCAACUGACGCGCUCCAGGCUGGGCUGCCCGCGCUACGGGGCACACUGGGAGGAGCUGGGCUUCCAGGGUGCAGAUCCUGGCACUGACCUGCGUGGGACAGGAAUGCUGGGGCUGAUGCAGAUCCUGUUCUUUGUCCUGGAUUCCCGGACGCUGCCGCUGGCACGGGAGAUCUUCCAGCUCUCCCAGCAUGAAACCCAGAAUUUUCCCUUCUGCAUCAUGUCUGUGAACAUCACCCGGAUCGUGAUCCAGGCGCUGCAGGAGGAGCGGCUCUCCCGGGAGUGCAACCGGCGGCAGCAGGUGAUCGCGGUGCUCAACGACCUCUACGCCGCCGCCUUCCUGCGCCUCUCCCGCCUCUGGGAGCAGCAGCACGGCACCGUGGCCAACGCUGGCUUCUUCCUCAAGGAGCUGGAGUUAUCCACCAAAAAGAAGCCGAGGCAGCUGCUGAAAUCCCUGGAAGCCUACCUGAGCCGUGGCCUUCGGCCUCCCUCCCCUCCCUCCUCCCAGAUCCACUUCAGCAGCAUUUGUGACCCUGGCGUGGAGCUGGAGGGGGACGCCUGACUGUGGAAUUUUCUGGAAGCAAAGGAGGAGGAGGUGGUGGAGCAGGGGAUUCCGUGCGAGGCCCCCGCCCCUCCGCAGCUCAACCGGGGCCGCUUUGGCCUCUCCAGGCCGCUGCACCCCGUGGGCUCGGAGCCGUGGGACGGACAGAGCUGGGGACGGGGCUGGUGGCCCCGGGGUGGUGGGGACCGGGACCGGGGUGGUGGGACCGGCCCUGGGGGCACCGGGACCGGGACGGGCCGGGAGCGGCGGCGGGGCAGGCGCGGUGUCCGCAGCGGUGCUGGGGAGCCCGGGGUGACGGGGACCCAGGGGUGA